AUGUCGGGAUCCUCUUCUUCGGAUACUCCUUCUUCAUCAUCGUCGUCGUCUUCGGCAAUAAGAGCUUGGAGGACUGCCUUUCUGACUCUCCGGGACGAAACCCUAACGAGCAGCCCUAAAUCGAAGUCAAUAACGCAACUUCUCAAUGAUCUCAUUUUCUCUCAUUCCCGGGCUCUCAUGUCUGCCGCCCCCGACCUUCCUCCUCACGAGGUGACCUCUGAUCUGGUGUUCUUAAUGGAACUGGCUGCAAGUUCUCCAAGCGGCCAAGAUCUUUCACCUAUCUAUGUUCAUGUUUCCUCUUUGGUGCAUGAUAUUUGCAAGCUUCAACGUAUUCCUCUUCAAUUGAAUUCUUCUUCUUGGUUUGUUGUGAUCAACUGUUUCUCCGCUAUGGUGCAAUUCUUCCUCGGCCAAGCUGGUUCCAGACCCCAAUUUUCGUUGGGGCACACUGUGGAAUGCUUGGGGACCGUAAGAUGUCUGGCCUCCAUCUAUCAGCCGAAAAGUUUGCUAUCAGAUGAUGUCCAGUUGGCAAAGUUUCUUCUCGGAGUAAUUGAAAGUUAUCAUGCUCAGUGCCUGCUGUCAACUUGCACAAGCACCAGUGAAAAUGUUGUUGUCUCAACUGGCAAGAGGUUAUCUAAAAGCAGUCAGUUGUGGGAAGUUCCAACAGCCGCAUUUGCUUUGCUCAGUGAAGCAUUCACAAGAAUCGGGUCUUCGUUCCCCACUUAUAUUUGGCAAUCUGCUAUGGAGGUGAUUAGGAAAGUGAUGGACGUCUUACUGUCUCAGAAUUUCCUUGUUGAAGGUGUUCCUGCGACAAGGUUUUAUGCUGCGCUUCUUGGAUGUCUACAUCUGGUUCUUACCAAUGCUAAGGGUUUUCAAAAUGACCAUGUUCCUGCUUUUGUGGCAACUUUGCGAAUGUUCUUUACGUAUGGCCUGUCACAACCCUUAUACUCCACUAGUGCUGGCACACAUAAGAAUGCUGCUAAAUUGAUUUCAGAAGACACUAAGAAACAGCGUAUUCCGUAUCGCCCUCCUCACCUGCGCAGAAAGGAAAAUGUAAACAUGAAGCAGCUUAAAGCUCAGGAAUUAUCUUGUUCCUCUGAUCAAGAGUCUUUUGCAUUGGAACUUAUUUCAUCAGAUUCAGAUUGCAGUGACAGUGAUGGAUCUGUUAAAGAUAAUGAUACUAUUAAAAAUUCAAAAGUCAGGACUGCUGCUAUAGUUUGCCUACAAGAUCUUUGUCAAGCUGAUCCCAGAUCAUUUACCAAUCAGUGGACUAUGAUUUUGCCAACAACUGACGUACUAGAAGCAAGGAAGUUUGAAGCUACUCUGUUGACUUGCUUGCUGUUUGAUCCUUAUUUGAAGGUACGGAUAGCAUCUGCAUCCACUCUGGCAGUGAUGCUGGAUGGCCCUUCAUCAGUUUUCCUGCAGGUAGCUGAGUACAAAGAGUCCAGCAAGCGGGGGUCGUUUAUGGCCCUGUCAAGCUCACUUGGACUUAUACUUAUGCAACUUCAUACUGGCUUGCUGUAUUCAAUCCAGCAAGAAACUCAUAGUAGAUUGCUAGCAUCCCUGUUGAAGAUUCUUGUGCUUUUAAUAUCAGCCACACCGUACUCAAGAAUGCCAGAUGAGUUGUUGCCCAGAAUAAUUACAUCUCUUUUGGCAGGGAUGGAGCAUGGGCUCUCUUCCAAGGGCGACCAGAUUGGUUUAUUGGCUGCCUCUAUGAAUUGCUUGAUAGCUGCUCUAUCCACCUCACCUUCAUCACUGGUUGUUAAAAAAAUGCUUGCGGAAGAAAUAGCAAAAGGUGUUUAUGUAGAUAAGAAAGCGUCAGGCGUUCUUUCAACAAUAUUUCGGUUCUCUGAUAGACUGAACAGCCCAUCAAUAUGCUUUGAGGCUCUGCAGGCUCUUAGGGCUGUGAUACACAACUACCCUAGUACAGCACCAGCAUGUUGGGAGCACACCACCAACUUAGUCUCUGAUAUCUUGAGAGCCUCCACUGUAGAAGUGUCCUCGACAAAUUGCCAAGCUGGUGGCGAGUACAAUAUUGGAUUUGUUGGAGAGAAGGUCAUAACCUCAGUCAUCAAGGUUAUGGAUGAAUGCUUACGUGCAUUUUCUGGAUUUAAAGGAACAGAGGAGCCUGAUGAAAAAGUAUCGGAUAUGCCUUUUACUAAUGACUGUGUAAGGGAAAAAAAGGUUUCUUCUGCACCAUUGUAUGAAUUAGAGAGUGCUGCAGAUAAUGAAGUUAAAUCAGAAGCAAAUGAAACUGGAAGUGAGCACUGGUCACAGACAAUAGAAUGGCUUAUGCCUCAGAUACUACAGCACUAUUCUUCCAUGGUGAGAACUGCAUCAAUCACUUGUUUCGCUGGUAUUACUUCUUUCGUGUUUGGAACUCUCUCAAAGGAGAAGCGGGAUUUUGUCGUACAGUCUUGUAUCAGUGCUGCUGUGCACGACAAAGUUUCUUCAGUUAGGUCAGCUGCUUGUCGAGCAAUUGGCGUGAUUUCUUGUUUUCCAAUGAUUUCUCAUAGUGCAGAGAUCCUUGAUAAAUUCAUCAAUGCUAUUGGGAUGAAUACUAGUGAUCCUCUGGCCUCGGUGAGAAUCGCAGGUUCUUGGGCUUUGGCAAAUAUAUGUGAUUCUCUGCGUCAUUGUGUUGAUGAUUUCCCCCUGAGACAGUCUGCAGGUUCAAACUCCAACUCCAAUGUAGUUGUCUUCCUGAUGGAGUCUGCCUUGCGUCUGACGAAAGACGGAGAAAAGAUAAAGUCGAAUGCUGUGAGGGCUCUUGGGAACCUUUCAAGAUUUGUCCAAUGUAUUGAUACUUGUGGGGGUGAUGAUCGACCUGUGAAAUAUAACAAUUUGUCUGCCAAUAAAGAGAGCAUCAGAGGAAGAAGUACUCGACUAGCAGGUCAUGGCUCUGGAAGUUCUUGUUAUUGUGCCUCAUCAGGAGAUGCAUGUUUGUUGCAGAGAAUUGUUCAAGCUUUCCUUUCUUGCGUUACUACUGGGAAUGUUAAGGUCCAAUGGAAUGUCUGCCAUGCUAUCAGCAAUCUGUUCUUAAAUGAGUCUUUGAGGCUGCAGGAUAGGGAUUGGGCUCCGUCAGUUUUUAGCAUCCUUCUACUGCUAUUACGUGAUUCUUCUAACUUCAAGAUCAGGAUACAAGCUGCUGCUGCUCUGGCUGUUCCAGCCUCGGUAAUUGAUUAUGGGGAAUCUUUUCCUGAUGUGGUCCAAGGCUUGGAACAUGUGUUGGAGAAUCUAAGUUCAGACCAGAUUUCAGCACCGUCAAGUUUUAAGUAUAGGGUUGCACUAGAGAAACAGGUAACGGCAACCAUGUUGCAUGUCAUUAGCCUUACAUCCAGCGGUGAUCACCAAUCCGUGAAGGAUUUUCUUGUCAAAAAGGGAUCGUAUCUAGAGGAGUGGUUUAAACUUCUAUGCUCCUCCUUAAUGGAGAAAGGCUCUCAACUUGAGGAUGAGAAUGCCAUUGCCAGGCGAAAGAAACUGAUGAUAUUCAAGGCAAUCCAUUCUUUGAUUCAAGUGUACGAGAGCAGUAAUCAUCACGCAGUUGCUGAGAAAUUUAAGAAGCUGGAAAGAGGAUAG